AUGAUCCUGAAGGAGCAGCUAGUGCUCGAGAAGACCAAAGCCGAGAGUUUGUCUGGAGUGAGGAACCUGAAUUUAUGGGGUGAGGGACUUACGGAUGUAUCUAUUGUCUCGAAAAUCACUGGAAUUGAGGUACUCGCGCUGGCGGCUAACCAUUUAACGACACUGGGCCCCUUUGCUUCCUGCACGUCAUUACGAGAGUUGUACUUGCGCAAGAACAACAUCGUGUCCCUGGCGGAGAUCAGGUACAUUAAAGACCUGCCAAACCUCCGCACACUGUGGCUCAUGGACAACCCGUGCUCGAAGCAUCCGAACUAUCGCAACUUUGUCAUCAUGUGCUGCCCGCACCUGAAGCAGCUCGACAACAUCGAGGUGACCGCGAAGGAGCGGGAGGAGGCGAAGAAGAAGCUCCCCGAGAGGGUGAUCCAGGACAUUCUAGAACGCGGCACAGUUGACCUAGAGGAGGACGCCCGCAGAAAGCCACCCAGUAGCGCGCGUGUGUCGAAAGGCGUAGAGAAGCCGGCCGCUGUGAAUGCGCCGCGGCGGCUUGCCAAAGAGGAGAAAGAGGCACAGCCGAUCAGCAAUCGUGAGAGUGAAGGGUCGAGAGGGACAAGUUCUGCCCUGGCGGCUGACAGCGCAUCCUUCACGACAAUUCAAACGCAGCGAGCCAUUCUCACUGCUAUAGUGUCACUGUUACCUGAACUAACUUUGGAGUCCCUUGACAUGCUUCAGAAGGAAAUUCGAGAAGAAGUGGCGCGGAAGGAGAAGGCUGUGCAGCAGCGGGCUAAGGGCUCACAGCAACUAUGA